AUCGCUCCCUUAUCGCAGCCGGCGGCAGCAACCUCUCUCUCCCAGGAAGCAACAAGACAGCGUUGAGCGGCGCCAACAAGAAGCACCUUUCGUUCCUGGUCCAGUUAUUGACCACCCGACAGCAACAGAACGACCGCACCGGGGCUACGAGCACAGCAACCGCACCAGGAUGGCCACGCAGGACGCACAAGACAGGCAAGAUGCGAAGGACGAUGCUCCCGUCGACACCAGGGACGCCCUAGAAGUGCUGGAAUCAGAGGCAAAGGAAUGGGAGAAGGAUGCCGAGAUCGACCGGAUAUUGAAAGCCUUCAGACUCGACGCCUACGCCGUCCUCGGCCUCAAGCCCGGCGUGCCCGAAUCCGACAUCAAGGCCGUCUACCGCAAGAAGUCGCUGCUCAUCCAUCCGGACAAGACGAGGAACCCGCUCGCGCCCGAGGCCUUCGACCGGCUCAAGAAGGCCCAGACGGAGCUCAUGGACGAGAAGCACCGGCGGACGCUCGACGAGGCCAUCGCGGACGCGCGCAUGCUCGUGCUGCGCGAGAACAAGUGGACCGUCGACAGCCCGGAGCUCAAGACGGAAGAGUUCGAGCGCAAGUGGGCCGAGAAGACCAAGUUCGUGCUGAUCGAGAACGAGCACCGCCGCCGCCGCCAGAUCAAGGCCCAGAUGCAGGAGGAGGGCCGCGAGCAGCGCCGCCAGGAGGAGGAGGCCGAGGCCCGCCGCCGCAAGCGCCAGCACGAGGAGGAAUGGGAGGCCACGCGCGACCAGCGCAUCAACAGCUGGCGGCAGUUCCAAAAGAGCAAGACCGCCGGCGCCGGCGGCGGCGGGAGUGGGGACGGGCCCGAGAAGAAGAAGAAGAAGAAGCUAAAGCCUAUCGGUUGAGCCAAUCUCUCUGUCUCUCUCUCUCACCCUCGAUCCUUUCCUUCUGUGUCCCGACGAGGACCUUUGCAAAAGCGUGACUCUCCAAGAGUCGCAUCUAGCGGGCAACGGCGCAUGGAAAAUCCAAUGCUUUUUUUUCCUUCUGUGAGUUCAUCUUGGGGGAGAAAUAGGGUGUGCUUUUAGUUGGCCUAACCGUGAUAUCUGAAGGGCAUCUAUUAUUCUUCCUUUCUGGCUUCC